GUUUGCUAUCCCACAAUUCCUAGAGCGAGCGUCAGCAGAGAAGAACGAGAAGACGUUUCCAGUUCGGGUUGCUCUUGUCUCUGCCGACUUUUUCAGCCAAUUUAGCCAACCUAUCCCUCCGUAAGCCCACCAAAACCUGCCAGAUACACAAAAGAGUGUACGUAAUGGCAGACGGUGGGGAGGACUGCAGCGACUGGCUGCGCAGCUGGAACCAAUUCGAGCAGCAAUGCGUGGAGGAAGUGGAGGGAGAGGGGAACAUGGAGGAACGGCUAGCCGGGGAGAGGGAGGACGUGGCGCAGAAGCUAUGGCUCUCCUUCCAGAACUCCGCUACGGCCGUAGCACAACUCUACAAAGAUCGUGGGCAGGGCUCCCAUGUGUGGCAAGUGUUCCAGAAUGCAGCCCAGGCAGUCACCCUCCUGUACAAAGAUAGCAUAGAUGCCAACAAGCGGUCUGAGGACUUUGGCAUUCAGUGUGGAUACCAACGCCGGACACGGGACGUUGUUGCCUGGGCCAAGAAGCGUCGUCGCCACAUCCGUAGGGAAGAACUGCUCGCCUUUCUGUGUGGAAAGACUGUGCCAUCACGGACUGGGUCCCGCAGCCCUCCCCGCAGCACACGGGACAGUCCUCGCCUCGGCAGCCAGGAAUACGCACCUUCGCACCAGUCAGAAAUAGAUUUACAGCCGUUUAAGGACGCCAUAGCCUUACAAGGGCUAAAUGGAGCCAUGGCCAGUUUCGGACUCCGCACCCCAACCUCUCCCUCCCAUAACAUGCACAGCACCCCCAGCCGUAGACGGAACCUAGGAGAACUGCACGCAUUUAUAAGUGAGGAGUUUGCCAAUCACAUGGACAGCAACUCUCCCAAUGGGCGAAAACGGUCCUCUGGGAACGACCUCCUCGGAGACUCUCCCGUUCACAAGAGAAGUCGACACCUAUGAAGGACCCACGCUCUCGUGCAACCUCCAGAGUGGCAAUGCUACUAGCAAGUCUGUUUGCUCUAGCUUGUAGCAGCUAUUGCUAAAGUCAUCUCAGCUCAAUGCUUCCCAUGCUAAUGUUAAUGUACAGUGUAUACACCAGUGUAGAGACAUGUGAAUGAGCAUUAUCCAAGUAGGACACCUCAGUUGUGUCAUUCAAAAGCUGCUGAUUCGCUGGUGGCAUGUUUGAUGUACCAUAGCCAAUGAGGCACGUUGUUGCUGCCUUUAUCAGUUCCUUUGUAGGAUUUCACUUUAGAGUGUGAAA